UAUUGUCAUUGUCAUUGUCGACGCCGAUAUAACCUAACUUUUUCGUUUCAUUUCAAAAAUAUUACAAAUGCAGUGUUACUAAUCAAGAGUGUUUCUCUUCAGAAAAGGCGAUUCAUGAGCAAAUUAGUUUCGCAAUUAGUGAAGGAGACCGAUGUCUUGUUAUUUUUAUCUGGACAUAGAUUUGGGUGCGCCAACGACUGAGCUGGCCGUGCGGCAAAAGGUGGAAGAAGCAGCUCGUGAUUUAUUUGGCGAGUGCGGCGCAGCAGCAAUUCGUACUGACGUCUUACUAGUAGAACACUCACGUGCAUUACUCAGGGUACCGGCGGAAGACGUGCGACGACUUCGAGCCGCGCUUACUCUUGCGUCGCAACCUAUACGUGUACUCGGACAAGCACCUUCACUUCAAGCUUUAUUAUAAUCUUAACUAUGGCUCGUCGUAUAGAAUUAUCCUCUGGUCCUGGUGGCAAGGACUUAGUAAUAGUGGCGGAUCGUGAGGAGUUGUCAUCGCCUAGCAGUGUUACACUGCCAGAGCCAGAGCCAGCGCCCGGUCUCAUUGCUCCUGACGGAUCUAUCAACUGGGGCUGUCCUUGUCUAGGUGGUAUGGCCACUGGACCUUGCGGUGUACAAUUCAGGGAUGCCUUCUCGUGUUUCCAUUAUAGUGAGGCGGAUCCUAAAGGAAGCGAUUGUUACGAGAAGUUCAGUGUGAUGCAAGAAUGCAUGUCCCAUUACCCCGACUUGUACGGAAAAGACGACGACUCUGACGAGUUAGCUGCCGCGCUCGAUGCAGAAUCUGAGGCCACUGCCGACAAAGCUGCUGCCAAUGAUACUGCCACGCCCAAUACUGCUGCUACUGCCCCUGCCGCUUCCGGUGACCACAAAUAAUGCCAUAUACGUAUAAUUAAUGGACUGUACUUAACCAGUGAUCAUGAAGUGGUGGAAUCAUAACAACUAUUUAUUUAGUUAGGAAUUAAAAGCAAAAUAGUUAUUUGUUAAAAUGCUGUAGAUAUUAUUAGUUUGUGAAAGCGUUUGUGAAAUUACGAAAUAAAAUAGUUUUUCG